GUUCAAUUAACGCAUAAGUAGGCACAAUAGUGAAUAUUGAAACAACUUUACUUACAGUGGGGAAUUAUUUAUCUCCCCUGUGUGCACUAAAGAUUAUUGUUGUGAAUAGAUAACAGGGUUCAAGGUUUCCUAUACAUAAUUACCCAUCAUCUUUGAUAAAAAGUUGCUAAUUAAAUUGUGUGUAUCCUUAUUAACUAGUGUUAGUCAAACUUCCAGAAUGAGUAACUUGGAAUUAGUAUUACAAGAUAUUUUAAAGAAUCUACCUGUACUGCCAAUAUUUGCUGGAGUUGGUGCUAUUGUGGUUAUCACUACAGUUGCAGCAAACUGCCUAUGGGGUAAAAAACCAAAAGCAGAACAGAAGAAAAAGAAUCCUGUCACUUUAGUUGAUCCAAAUACAAAAUAUCAGCUGCCUCUUAUAGAACGGGAAGAAAUAAGCCAUGACACUAGGAGGUUUAGAUUUGGAUUACCAACACCGGAACAUGUACUGGGCUUACCAAUCGGACAGCAUAUACACUUAUCCGUUAAAUUAAAUGAUGACCUGGUAAUCAGAGCAUACACCCCUGUAUCAAGUGAUGAAGAAAAGGGAUAUGUGGAUUUGGUUAUCAAAGUAUACUUCAAAAAUGUCCAUCCAAAAUUCCCAGAUGGUGGGAAAAUGUCUCAACACUUGGAAAGUUUGAAGUUAGGUGACACAAUAGAUGUUAGAGGUCCAUCGGGAAGACUGCAAUAUGCAGGCAACGGUACAUUCCUCAUCAAGAAGUUGAGGAAGGAUCCACCAGUCAAAACUGUUGUUAAGAAAAUGAAUAUGAUUGCAGGUGGCACGGGAAUCGCGCCGAUGUUACAACUGGUUAGACACAUUUGCAACGACAGCAACGACUCGACCGAGUUGCGGUUACUGUUCGCGAAUCAGACGGAGCAAGACAUACUGCUCAGAGACGAGCUGGAGACGUUCCAGCGAGAACACCCGGAACAGUUCAAGCUGUGGUACACAGUGGAUAGACCAGAAGAAGGCUGGAAAUACAGCAAAGGAUUCAUCGACGACGAGAUGAUUAGCAGCCAUCUCUUCCCACCGGGUGAUGACGUCAUCACUUUAAUGUGUGGACCACCGCCCAUGAUCAACUUUGCCUGCAACCCAGCCUUGGACAAACUGGGCUACCCUGAAAAUCUACGUUUCGCUUACUGAGCCUUUAUGGGUAGUAGUGAACUAAUAAAUAGAUCAACAACUGCAAUCUUAGCAAUAAAUACAUGUGCCUACAGCAAUUAUGUAAGCAUAAUACAUAUGAAUAUUACAUUUGAAAUACAACGAAUUUUUCUACUAAUUUUUACAUUUAACCUUGAGGCAAUAAAUAUUUUAUUGAUGUUCUUGUAUCAGAAUUAACAAUGUAAGUGUACAUUUUUUUGUUACUUAUUUAAAUGUUUUUUAAACAUAUUUUGAUAAAUGGUUGUUAUUAGUAUUGUCAGUAAGGUUUUAUUAAGUGUUAUUAUUGUGUAGUUGAAGAAUAUGUUAAAUAUUAAAUAAUUGGAGAUAGA